UUUGGCGCACAACUCUUGGACUUUUGGGAAAUGAUCACUAUCUUCAAUGAGUAGAAGAAUACAAAUAAAUUGCAGAAAAAGCGUACCUCCUAUGGUUAUUUAACACAUAUCGACAUAUAGCUGUAAGUUUGAACUAUUGCCCAAAACAGUUCUCACAAAAGAACAGAGAACUUCUGGGUAGUAAAAUAGUUCUUUAAAUUCCAAAAUUGGGUGAAGCUAACAACUGAGAAGCAGAUGGUAGUUGGCAGAUGUGCUCAAUGAUACGGAGAUUUAAGAUUUUCAAGCCAAUAAAGAGGAAGGAAUACGAUAUCUAUUAUCUACGCAUCACUGGCUACUCUACUUUCCAAUUUAUGUGCAGGGUGCAGGAAAGCAGUGAGGAGGCAUUCCCAUUGGCCAUUGGCUUUAGAAGAUCAUAUGGCCACUGAAUUUCCAAGAAUGAUAAAUGUAUAAAUAUUAAGAAAGUGUCGCUAUUGUGGUUUUGGAUGAAGGGUUCAUUUUGUGCGGGCUUAGCUUCACACACCAUGGUCGGUGAUACUGAUACUUCUUCUUGUGUCAUGUUAAGGAAGCGCUUGUCUGUUAUGCUUAUGCAUGUGAAGUUUCACUGAGGCAUUGGUUCUGCCUGCAAGUCCAGUCUCCACAAAGCUGUAAGUUUUCAUUUUCACUGUCAUGGUGACUAGUGACUUUGUUUUGCGGUUACAUGAUUAUGAUAAUUGAAAAAUUCCGAUAUCAAAGCAUUAAUUAUACAUCGUCUUGUAUGUUUGGAUUGUGUGUGUGUUUUAUGGGAUAUGUUUGUUGACUAUCAGUUGAGAUUUCUGCUCAACAAAAUUCAAUUUCUUUUCUUCUCCUUUCUCAAUGAAAUUUUCUGCUACCAAAUAGAGUUUUCUGGGGAAAAAGCAGGGAGGAGUUGAACAGGGUGGUGAUAGGUGAAAUUAUGGAGUCAGGGCAUAACUAUACGGACAAUAGUAAAGAAAAUCAGCUCCUUUUCGGCAGCUUCAGAGGAGAUGCUGAUAUUGCUGUAACAAGUAAAUCCACCUGCUUUGGUUCGUUAAGCAGACAAAUCAAGAAUUCUUCGAAUGAGUUGCAAGAUUUUGCUGAGAAAGCAUGGGAAAUGGGUCGGUCUGAUCCCCGGAAAAUCAUAUUCGCAAUCAAGAUGGGACUGGCACUGGCGAUUGUAUCGCUGCUUAUAUUCUGGAAAGGACUUUACGAUAUUUCUCAGUACUCUAUCUGGGCAAUUCUAACAGUCAUUGUUAUGUUCGAAUACAGCAUAGGAGCGACCUUUAUAAAAGGAUUUAAUCGGCUAUUGGGUACACUGUUUGCUGGAAUGCUUGCCUGUUGCUUUGCUGAGCUAUCUUUGUUGUUUGGUAGAUGGGAGGAAGUUGUAAUUGUUAUCAGUAUUUUUAUUAUAGGAUUUUUUGCCUCCUAUCUGAAACUGUAUCCGACAAUGAAGCCUUACGAAUAUGGAUUUCGAGUGUUCAUAUUGACAUAUUGUAUUCUUAUGGUAGCUGGGAACAGAACUAGGGAAUAUGCUGAAGCAAUUGUGACUAGAUUGGUGCUAAUUGCAGUUGGUGCUGGUGUUUGUUUAGUUAUAAAUGUGUGCAUAUACCCCAUUUGGGCUGGUGAUGCUUUGCAUAGUUUGGUGGUGAAAAAUUUCAAGGAUGUGGCUAAUUCAUUAGAAGGUUGUGUUAAUGGGUACUUGAAAUGUGUGGAAUAUGAGAGGAUUCCCUCAAGAAUCCUCACGUUCCAAGCUUAUGAUGAUCCACUUUACAACGGUUACAGAUCAGUAAUGGAAUCUUCAGGCAAAGAAGAUACUCUGUUAGGAUUUGCUAUCUGGGAACCACCUCAUGGUCGUUUCAAAACGUUUAAGUAUCCUUGGAAAAACUAUGCAGAAUUAUGCGGCGCAUUGAGGCAUUGUGCAUUUAUGGUCAUGGCACUUCAUGGAUGUAUUCUCUCAGAAAUACAGGCCCCGGCAGAAAGGAGACAAGUCUUUCAGGCUGAGCUCCAGAGAGUUGGAGCAGAAGCUGCCAAGGUUUUGCGUAAGCUUGGAAGCAAAAUAGACAAAAUGGAAAAAUUAGGCCAUGGAGACAUACUAAAAGAGGUGCAUGAAGCAGCAGAGCAAUUACAAAGAAAGAUAGAUGAAAAGUCAUACAUUCUAAUCAAAUCUGAUAGUUGGGAAAUCACAAGACAGGCUAUGGAAAAUCUUCUGGAUGUAAAGGAGAAUGAAAACAUGCAAUUGGGAUUUAAGUCCUUGAGUGAAACUGUGCUUGACUUGGGGUCACUUUCUGUUUGGACACCGUCCUCACCUAAAAGAGACUCCUCAGGAAACUUGUUCAGGAAACAAGAACCAUGGCCUUCACGUCUUUCUUUUGGUGCUGGUGCAGGCAUUAGAGAAAAAUGCAGAACAUACGAAAGUGCUAGUGCCUUAUCCUUGGCAACAUUUGCUUCUCUCUUAAUUGAAUGUGUUGCAAGGCUCCAAAGUCUUGUUGAGGCAUUCGAAGAACUAAGUGAGAAAGCAGAUUUUGUGGAGCCUAUGGUUACAGACACUGCAAUUGCAAAAAAGAAGCCUGGAUUUUGUGGGAGUCUGUUUAGAUGCUUCAGAUUCUCAACAUGAGAUGUGGAUUUUACUUGUUUCAGUCCAUUAAUGAGUAGAAAUGUCUGUCCAAACUGCUUACUCCGCUUAAAUUGAAAGGUUGAACACAGCUUUAUUUGAAGGUUAUUAAUUUUGA